CUAUAUAUACACAUAAGACGCCCAAUCCUCAUUGGAGUAGAAGUCUUUACCCUUUCUCACAUUCGACUUUUUAUUCCUUUCUUGCAAGGGAGAAAAGAAAAUUAUAUUGUGGGAUGGCGAAAUUGAGGAUCGCAGGGACAUGGGUAGGGGUGAUAGACUUAGAAUUGGAGAAUUGGACUGUGGCAAUGCUGAGGGAAGAGGUCGCGAAACGAUCAAAUGCCCAACGUCCUGACUCUAUCAACCUUAUAUCUGCUGGUAAAGUUUUGAAAGAUGGCGAUGGCUCUCAAAACUUAACCCAAUUGGGUAUCAGAAACAAUGCUAAGAUUCUUGCCACCCGUGUUUCCGUUGAUGAAGGCAAGUCCUUGGAACAAGAAUUGAUGGCCGAGGAAGAACGCUCUCGCAGACUUGCUCGAGUCAAGGCAGCUGCCACUGCACUUUCCAAGAGACAUGUAGAUGGUUCACUACCAAUUGAAGACUUCAAUAUUGAACUUGAAAACCAGGGAGGGCAAAAAGUACAAUUAGGAACUGAGACUGAUCAGCGGGCAGUGAUGAUGGGUCUGAUGCUUCAUGAAAAUGCAAAGAAUCUACUUACGAGACAACUGUAUAAAGACGCACUGGAAGUACUUACCAUGGGCGAGGAGGCUUUCUCUCUUUGUGAUCCCAAGGUCCUUGAGUUUAUUGACAAUGUACCGAUACUGCAAAUAGACAUGGUGUGGUGCUAUUUCUUGCUUCGAGACAUCAGUUGGCUUUCAGUUGCAGGAAUACGCCUUGAAAAAGCCAGAGAAGGACUUGAGCGUUGUCACGGGAAGGAUUUUUCACGUGUUAGACUCCUUCAAGCUGGUUGCCAGCCAGAGCUUGCACUACAUAUGAGGUUGGAGUUGUUGGAAGGGGUGGUGGCAUAUCAUAAUGGUCAGUUGGAUAAAUCUAAAAAGGCACUGACAUCUGCACAAGCAAAAUUCUCUCAGUUACAAGUGCCUGAUGAAGCCUUAUCUCAUGUCAUGAGCAUGGGCUUUAAGGAACGUGAUGCAAGGAGGGCAUUACGAUUGAACAACCAAGAUAUCAGGAGAGCUGUUGAUUUUCUUUUUGAGGAGAAGACAAAGAGAAAACAGAAGCGGGAGGAUGAUAUCCGGCAUAGAACAGAAAUCAUGGAGCUAAAGCAAUAUGGAGUGACACCAUUGAAGAAGGCAGUGAAUGUUGAGAAAUUGAAAGAAUUGGUGGCUAUUGGAUUUGAGAAGGAACUUGCUGCUGAAGCCCUUCGAAGGAAUGAGAAUGACUUCCAAAAGGCGUUAGAUGAUCUGACAAAUCCAGGUUGUUCUGCCAUCCAGAUUGAUAUUGAGUCAAGGAAAAGGAAAAGAGAGCAACGAGCUGUAAAUGCCAGAAUUGAAGAGCUUGUAUCUAUGGGAUUUGACAGAUCUAGAGUGGUUGUUGUUGUUCAGGCUGGUGAGACGAUGGAGCAAACGAUGAGUCGACUACUGUCAGAAUUUGAUCCACUCCAGGCUUUUGAAGCUAACAGCAGCGGGAAUCCUGCUUCAGAGGCUAGCAAUUUGAACCCUGAUAGUGUUGAAGGACCAUCAACUGCAGAUGAAGAACGGGAUGUGGAGAUGGAAGAUGAGCUUGCAAGAGACAUAGGAAAAGCAGAUGCGUUAUCAGACUAUGACAUUGAAGUUACGAAAGAAGGUGAAGCAAUACAGGAGUAUUUAGCUCUUUUGGCCUCAACAGAUAGCAAGGAUGCUCUAUCUUCGUGUUGAGAAGAUGAGAAUGGGCAAUUACUAGUACAUAUUUGUGAAUAGGAUGUCUCCACUGAUACAGGACUCUCAGUACAGGUAGUAAAUGCCAAUAAUUUCAGUGGUUUUAGGCUCUAGAAUGAAAGGAAACCGAAUAGCUCCUCAUACAAUUACAAGGCUUGUAAUUUCACAUUUGAAUCCUUAAUAUCGGUUCACAAUUACACCCAAA